AUGAGUUCAACUGGAACUACAACAUUGGGGGCUGAGCCGAGAACUGACGUCCUUAUCAAAGCCGUUCUCGCCCUCGAGGACAAGAUCGCCUCUGAAGUUAAUGCCGCCUACUUUCGUUCUCUCGAACCGGUUGGCAACGCCCUCUACGAUGCCCUUAAGGAUGACCCGAAGUUUAUUGAUGCUGCCACUAACGCCGACGAAUUUCUCACGGUCCUCGCGGGUGACUUGAACGCCCUACAACAAUCACUUGCCGAGGAUCUCCUAUUCCCAUAUCCGACCUCCGCCGAGCCUUACCAAGGAACUUGGCUGUAUCCAACGCUACGGUGCGGGUUUCUCUUCGCAGCUGCGAAGGUCACCGGCGCCCCUCUUGUAGGGAGGCAGAAAUGCCGUGAUGACCUCUCGACAUGCGUCAACGUCUACCGCACAACUUUGCUACCUCCCAAGGAUCCGGUGACCCCCCUUCCAGCAACCCCAGUCGGUACUGCCAAUCACAACCGCGUCGCAUCUACCCCUGACGGUUCCGGCCGUUCGGCUCUCCCGACGACUUUUUCCACAACGAGGUCCAACGUGGAUGACGAAUAUCAUCGUGGCCACCGGAGGGCCAAACAGCUCGCGGAUACUUCAGGUUUAAAAUCAUUCAGCGGUUCAUCUGAUGACUUCAUCCACUUCAUUGACAGUGUUAAAUCUAUCCUUCUUACGGCCCCUUUCUGCUCGGGCGUAGCCAAAAUCGAGUUCGUGUUUCUCCACCUCACAG